GCUUUCUUGUAUCAUGCCUCAUUUUAGCAGUUAACUGGAAAACUAUCGUCUGCCAGCAGUCCAGGGAUAUUAGUUCGUGAUCAAAAAGUCAAACUAUGGACGUGUAAUGCCAGUUCGUGGUAAAACCUCGAGCUUAGAUCUCGCUUGAUAUUAGUUUGAUGAAAUAGUUCCAGUCCAUUAGCGUUAUACUUCCCUUUUUCCUUAAUCAGUUGUCACUUUCAUAAUUCCACACAGGUUUACUGUCGUUGUAGAAGGCGCGCCGUGUCCUAUAAUCGAUAUUGCGGGGGAAAAAGUGCACAUAAGUUUGCGUCUGCGAGUACGUAGCCGCAGUCUGAAAGCAACCACGAUGGAGCUCUUGUCGGUCGUUGAAACUGUAACGAUAGUCGUCACCUUUGUGCUUAUGGCAUCGGGAAUGUAAGUGCAUUAAACAAAAUUGUUUCAGCCAACGAUGAAUUCCACAUUUACUAUUCGCUUUUUUUCUAUUUACGAGUAAGUUUUUGUAAAAGUUUUUUUUUAAGUAUCAGACAUCACCUGCGACACUAGAAGUAUGAGUACAUUUGUACGUAGGCGUUUUUAUCAGUUAAGUGAGUACUUUUCGGUUAUGCAAUUCUAUCUGCCCAGAAUGUCCCCAAAUAACGCACGUGUGUAUUCGUUGCUGGGUAACCUGACACUUUGGUUGAGUUAGUAGCUAGGAAAGUGCUUCCACCUUUAUUUCGGACUAUGAGGGAAUCCGGAGAAAAUCCCCGACAGCUGUCACUUACAGAGAGUGUGUCGUGAGACGAGAUCUCAACCCGGAGCCUCAUACUGCUUGCAGUGAUCGACGAAUGUUUUAACCACUAUAUAAUGAAAAAAAAAGCCUAAAAGUUGGCUAAGUUUUGCAAGCUCCUCGUCAUGUUGCAGUGGGUGUUUCAAUAAUGAAGCUUAAAUUUUAACCCUCUCAGCACUGCAUAAAAAUGUGAUUACAUAAUAAAACAAUGGCACAUUUUUAAGACGUGUGUGGGUGAUGUUUGUUUUUAUUUGUUGCUCUCAGGUAAACUUUAGACCACAAAAAAUAAAUUUUUGAAAAGGAGAAAACUUAAACUUUGCAAUAAAAGUAAUGAAAAUUGUAUGCUUUCACUCUGGUGACAGCAAUAAUCCAAGAAAAUUCACAAUUUACUAUUAUUGGGUCAUAUGAGCAGAGCCACAAUUGAGGCCCAUCGCGCUAAGAGGAUUAAUGAUACAUACACUAUAUAAGAACUCCUGUAGUCGACACAUAUGAUCAUUCCAAUCCUAGGCACAUGAAUAAGAUAAGUGAUAACUGGCAUGUGCACAAAGGCUUAUUAAACUUUUAGUCUUUUUUCCUCCUAAGGUGGAUAUCAAGGACAUCAUAUGUUCCUAAUUUUAGGUUUAUUACAAAUGAUUCACAAUAACCAGAAUGUUACUUUCAACUUUAUAUCAGUCCAUCAUUGAAAAAAACACUGGUCAACAAUUUUUACCUGUAAAAGAAAAUGAUUAAAUCUUGAUGCUUAAAAGUUGCUGUGAGAUCUAAAUACAAAGAAGUAAAAUUUACUCCAUGAGAUUUUUCUUUUGGUCUGUGUUUUUAUAUUUACAGGUAAAUACACUCAUUGUGCAUAGGUAUGAGAUGAAUUUUUUUUUUAAUGUCACUGGAUGGGUCAAGGGCAGACUCAGGAAUUUUGUGCAAGCUGGUCCAAACCAUGGAAACUCAAGAGUCAUGCAAGAAGCACUCAAAUGCAAGAGUGAAGGACUGUUGCCCAACAUUUGUUGGCUUUGUCACGAUUGAUCCCUAGGCCUCACCUGCAGCAGUUUGCAGAGCAAGGAGAAACAAAUCAAUGAACCAUCAUGUCUGGACAUGUACAAGACCAAAGACACAAAGAAUGUGCCAUACCUGUUUUUUCUCAUCAACACAGUCAUAAGCCUAAUUGCUGUGUAUUAUGGACUGGUGGUCAGCAACUCCACUUUGAUUCUGGUCAAUGGUGUGGGCACAAUUCUCUGGGGGCUAUAUGUUUUUGUCUAUGUUGCUGUCAGCAGGUCUAAGAGCUGGCCUGUGGCACAAGUCUUGAUGCUGGCCUUACUUUUACUGGGACACCUGCUGUACCUGAAGCUGUUUACUCCGUACCCUCCAGCCCUUGCCAGCACUCUUGGCUUCUUUUUGUUUGUCUGGUCCGUGGUGGUGCUUCUAACUCCAAUCCUUGACAUAGUGCAGAUAGCACGAGAGCGAAGUGCUGAAGGAACCUCCAUUCCCUUGUUGCUGGGGGGCACACUGUGCUGUUUGGCCUGGCUUGCAUAUGGCUACCUCCUCAAUGAUUUUUUUGUCUAUGCUCCCAAUAUCCUUGGUCUUGGUGUGAACUUUGCCAAGUUUGUUGCAAUGGGUGUUUACAGUGGAGCAAAAUUCAAGGGCAAGACAUUGUAAAGGUCAAAUUUACUAGCAAGAAGCUUUUCUGCAUCUAUUUGUAAAUGCACUGUAGCACAUAUAUAGGUCAUGAACGUCUUCAACAACCCAGGUACAUUAUAAGCUGAUGUUGAUUUCUGUAUGCCUCUAGGUUUCUGUUAAUCCAGUAUUAUUUCUUUAUUAGUGUAAAAUACUCAGUGGCAUUAAGUUUUAUAUUUAGGCUUAUAACUAUUCUUGCUGUUAUUUAUGAAUGUAUGUUUACUUUUGCUUGUUUUGCAUUUUAUAUUGAUUUAUUUUUUUACACAUACACUCAUUUAUUCAUGUAUAAGCUUCCACACACAUAUACAGUAUAUAUAUAUAUGAGAGAGAAUGAAAAAGUGAGGCCAGUUUUAAAUUAUGUGAUAUGAUAGUUUAGUCCUUGUUACUCUUUGAGGAGCAUAGGGCCACAAUGUGAUAAUAUGCUAGUGAAAAUGCAACAUAUGUACAGUGCCUGUUGCAUUGUUUGACCAUACACAGUGCAACACUAGACGUUUAAUUGUGGCAUCCAGGAGAGUAGAAAUAUGAAUCUUCUCUUGCGAGAUUGUGUGGUCAAAGAACAUUCUAUAGAGAGUCAAAAAGUAAAGGCCACUUUUAAAUAACAUGGUAACCAGAACAAAGAUAUGUUAGUGAAAUAAUAUGACUAAUAAUAAUAUGAUUUAUGUAGUGCAUUUCUUCACUGAAGAGCAGACAGUGUGCUUUACACAAAUAAAAACAAAUAACACAAAAAAAUAGUCAAAGUGUUUAUAGAUUGUUUGAGUGCAAUUUGCACUCAAGAGAAUUGUAAAUGCAAUGAUACAUCUUAAAUUAGCAUUGCACAGAACUAACUAAUAAUAAUCCUCAUCUGUGAGCUUGUAUAGCACGACACCCCAGAGGAAGCCUGUCACUGUGCUUAACAAGCACAAAAGCACAAAGAAAGAUAAAAAUCCUGCAGCUCUUUCACUGCAGUUAAUGUAAGACUUUGUUGUUGCUCUUCGGGAUGAAAUCUUUUUAGACCAAAAUGUUGAUUUGGUACAGUUAAAAUCUACAGGUCAUUCUUCCAUGGCGAAUGCAGAAAAGAUUGAUGAAUAGUCCAUGAUAUUUACCACUGGAGAAUCCAUUACCGGGUCAAGUAGAAAAGACAACAGGAAAGUUGAAAGGUCAUAGAUUGAAAUGCAGCAUAUGUACACUGCCUGUUGGAUUGUUUGACCAUGCACAGUGUAGCACCAAGUGGCAUCCACAAGGACAGAAAAAUAGACUCUCCCUUGUGAGAUUGUGUCAUCAAAGAAUAGCAUGCUUGAAGGGCACCUUCAUUGGGCAGAGAGAGUGAGACUUAUGGAAAUUCACUGUCAGAUGUUAGCUCAGUAUGGACAUUACAUCAUGAAUCAACAAAAGGUUUAAGAUUGGGUAGAAAGGCUAAAAGCAGGGAGAACAAGUGUCAUUGAUGAAGGUUGUUCUGGUUGCCCAUCAAUAUCACAAGAGCACAUCGAGAGGGUGGAUGCAUUAAGUAGAAAAGACCAUUGAUAACAGUGUCUAAGUUGACUGCACAUUAAGGAUAUCAGCUUUGGAUGUGCAUUCACCAUAAUGCACAGUUAUUACAUCUCUGUUACAGAGGUACUGUGUUUUCACAGAUUCACCUCUGAUAAUGAAGUAUAGCAAGUUGCGCUUACCUGGCUUCAGGAGCAGUCAAAACCUUCUGUGCAGAAAUACAAACGCUAGUUAAUAUAACAAUUUCUUGCCCAGGGACUAUAUGGGGAAAUGUCAUAUUUUGGAAAUAUGAUGAAGUUGCUCACAGUUAAAAUAUUAUUUGCCUUUACUUUUUGAUUCCCUUGUGUUUUGUGAUUUUAGCUUUUAGCUGCCCAUAUUAGGGACAUUACAUCUGUUAUAAAACUGUGCCAGAAUGAAAGUUAAAAUUGUUCUGUUUAUCAAUUUCUAUAAAUUUUAUAAAUUUCUAGUCUUCAGGAGCAAUCAGACCUUACUAGUGCCUUUUUAAUUCAAGUUGUUAAGUACAUGGACAGAGGGACAAGAUGAGUAAAUCAUACUUGUUUUAUUGAAGUUUAUUAAGAUGUUGUGAUAAUUUAAUUUAAACCACACACACACAGGUCAUCACUUUUUAAAAAACUUAAAUACUCAAUUCUGUCUUCAAAGGUGUGUUAAGACAGCAAGUGUACACUGUCCUCUUUCAUGUGAGCACUGGAUACAAAUUUCGUCUUUAUGUCAGAAAUGUUUUUGUAUUUAGCAUAUUUACUAGCUUUGUGGCACUGUUAUCCUGGCCUGCAAAUAUAGCAUGAGAUGUAAGUACAUAUUUUGAUAUUCAAGGAGAGGAUUUUUUUGUAAAAUGUAUACAGAAAUUCUAAAUGUGGCAUUACCCUCAAGCCUAGUCAUAAUAUUUUCUGUUUUUGUAUUCUGUGCUGUGUAGUCUAUAAUCAUAUGCUAUAAUCGUUUGUGUGUGCAUAUGUAAGGUCAUGAUGCGCACGAUUAUGCAUGUACACACAGGAAACGUGGCCUUAAACUGCCAUAUUUGUUGCAGUGAUGGCAGCAAUCAUACCAUAACAGAUUUUUGUCUUUAGGUGUAUGUUAAUUUAUCAAGCCAAUACUAGCUCAAUUUAAAUCUGUUCUUUAACCAUGAUGCACUUGAUGAUAAAUUGUGGUUACUCUGUUAAAUUUUAGUAUUGCCUCUCAGAACUAGUCCAGGUCAGAAUAUUUAUAAUUGUUACCAUGGUUUCCCUUGGGAUUGGUUAUUGCACUAUAGUUGUCAUGUACUAACAUAAUAAUCCCUUUGACCAUCAAUUUGCCUUGCUUCGUUCUUACUACAAUUUGUGAUUAAUGGAUUACAUGAAUAUUAGAAUGUUUGUAAUUGAAAUAGUUAAUCAUUACUGAGGUGAGAAUUUUACUAGCUUAAUAUGUGCCUCCCAAAAAAAUAUUCGAUCCAUACAUGUAAUACAAUAAUAAUAAUAACUAACUUUAUUUGUCCCAAUGGGCAAUUUAAGUGGGAGAUGUGCUCUGCAUUAUUAUAAAAAAAAAAUCAUUACAAUUACGAUGCAGUGGAAUGUAGAGCAGUGGUUCUCAAAGUGUGGUUCACAGACCACUUGUGGGCCGCAUUCAUGUCAGGUGGUCCACGGAUGACAGUCAUCGUAUAUCAGCAAAGUCAUGUUUAAAUUGCCAGAUAUGCUAAUUAGUCCAGUAUUGAUUGCACAUGAGUUUUAAUUUUAUCGAUGCCAACUGCUCAUUUGCAUAAAAUGCUUGCUUACCAAAUGUCUUUACAUCACAGCGUGAGCAUUGUGUCAUUUAACCAUGUCAUCUGUUACCCUUAGGAACGCAGUGCACGUCCUUUUUGUUAAUUUUUAUAUUUGUUUUGCUAAGUAUGUAAUUUGAUGUAAACUUAUGACUAUACUACUGUCGCAAAAUACAUUUACUUUUGAAUUGUAACAAAACAAAUGAGGCAGUUUAAAUUUGAAAUUCACGAUGCAGUGAUUUUAGGCCUUGGUGCUCCACCGCAUUUUUUUACUUAGGAAAGUGGUCUGCAGUUUGAAAUACUUUGAGAACCACUGAUGUAGAGUAUAACUAUCAUAUCCCAUAUCACUUGCACAUUAUAGCACCAAAAAGUGAUAUGUUGUUAUGAUGCUAGUUAUGAAUAUUUUGUCACAUUCACUGUGUAUUAAUAGGAGGUUUUUGUUGAUGUGGAAAUGCACAGCUGGGCACAGGCAGUGUUAAAUAUUACAGAAUAUAUAGAUUCAUGUUUUUACACCUCUUUAUGCCUUACUGUAUGUACAUGUGACAUUUAGACAAAUAAAGAUAAUGAAAAUUUAAAUAAGUAACAAAAUAUUUUUCUAUAUUAUUAAAAAUGGAGAACAAUGCAAGAACAACAUACUUAAACCAUCCUGAAAGGACUUAUUGAGAAAGACAAAUGCAUUCAUAGUUGAAUUGUGGAUAAAUGGCACAUAAACAGAUGUCUGUGUCUUGAAGACACUACAUUUGGUAAGCAUUUAUAUCCAUACCAGAACAACGUUGUCAUUUUCCUAUAUGUCCACAAUAAAUUAUUUUAAAAUGAA